GCAGCCAGGCACUUCAACUCCUUCAGUGCUGGUCCUGCAGUUCCUGCGCUGGUGUGAGAGCAAUGGAUCAUCAGAUGGAUCUGACAGUGGGCUGAAGCCAAGGAGUUAAUCACUGACUGUUCCCCCCUUUCUUCCACACCGCUGCUCUGCUCCCUGCUAAGCCAGGCGGCUCUGCGGCCUUAGAAGCCUGGCCAGCUCAGGGCGCCGCAAAGGAAGGUGCAUUUAGCAGGCGGCUCUCAGCAAGGCGAAUGAGGCAUGUUAAUCCCUUAAGAGACUCUUUAUGCCUUCAUGGAGGGCAGUCCUGUGCGAUAUGCAGUAAUGGAGAAGAUUUCACAGGAAGCAGGAUCCCAGUUGAAGACUUUGAAGUCCCUGUCAAACACAAAUGGGCAUGCAGAGCAGAAGCAGUGGCUGCUGUAAGACAAAACUACUCCAUCAUUUUACAAGCUUUAAAAGAGAUUAUUGAAACAACUCGCCUUGCUGAUGCUAAAAUAAAAGCCAGGGGCCUUAUCCAUGAACUAAAUUCAUUCAAGUUCAUCUUUGCCCUUCACAUGAUGCACCCUAUUCUCCAGAUGGUGGUAAAAGUGAGUAAAGCUCUUCAAGCUCCAGAUCUCAACUUACUUACUGCAAUGACAGGGGUGAAAAGCUUGUGUAACUCUUCGGCUGCGAUGAGAAGUGGCCCAGAAUAUUUUCAAUCUAUUUUCAAUGACAGUGUGAAAAUGUGUGUAGAGAAUGAUAUAUCGAUUCCUCCAGUUAAGAAGAGAAAAACGUCCACUCGUAUUGAUGUUGCGUUUGAGUUCCAGCAUCACUUUGAUACAAAAGAGGAGCAGGAGAGAAUAACUUCAUUCUACCCACUCCUAGACUCAGUGAUUACUGCCAUUGACCAGCAAUUUGAACAGGAGACUUGUAAAAUUGUGACUGCAGUGGGAAAACUACUGAGCUUAGACAUUGGCAGGGACGAUGUGAGAAUAAUUGCCAACAAAUUUAACGUGUCCUUGGAUGAGCUGGAAGCUGAAGUCGGAUUGCUUCAGGGUUAUGACAGAUCUGUUCCUAAAGGUAGCACUACGAACACCACCAGAGAAUGGCUUGAUUGGUUAAAGGAAUCGGAUCGGUCUCCCAGGCCUUUUACAAAUCUAUUCAAUACUUUGCAGUCUUACCUCUUACAAGCUGUUCAUGUGAAAGAACCUCUUCGAAACUAGCACAUGUAAAAAGCAAACUAAGAAGUACAAAGUCCCAACAGCGCCUCGACUCACUCAUGAUUUUGUACAUUGAACAAGAAUUGGCUUUGUCAGUUAAUUACGCUGAUGUGAUUGAGGAAUUUAAGUCCAUAACACCUGGUGAGCGACGUCUCAUUCUCAAGGACAGGAAGAUGAAGAAACCUUAAUCUGUUUUGGUCAAUUUGGGUUAGCUUAUUACCUGGUUAAAGAUACAGUCAAUUUUCAUGAUCUUUAUCUUUGUAUACGCCUGGUUAUCACUACAGCAAAAAUUUGGUAUUUUGUGUCUCAUUUUUCAAGUUUGUAUUUUUUAAGUAAAGUUUAGUUGUU